AUGGUGAGCGCCGGGACGGGCGGGCUGGCGGGGCGGGGAGUGCCGCCUUUCUCCCAGCGCACCUACCAGCCGCCGGCGGCCGGGCCCGGCGCGGGGCCGGCGGCGUUUCCCGCGUUCCAGUUCCGCGGGCGGCACGAGAACCCGGACUGGCGGCGGCUGAGCACCGUGGACGUGGAGCGGGUGUCGCGGGAGGGGGACGUGGCGGCCCUGCAGACGCACCUGGAGCAUGUCACCUUCUGCAGCGCCGAUCGGGAGUGCUGCCCGCACUGCCAGGGCCCCGCAGACCCGCUGCUGCUGAAGCUGCUGCGCCUGGCGCAGCUCUCCACCGAGUACCUGCUGCACUCCCAGGAGUACCUCAGCGCCCAGCUCGGCAACCUGGAGGAGGCCCUGAGAGAGACACAGGCCCAGCGUGACCAGCUGGGCAAGGAGGUGGCCCAGCGCUUGCAGGAGAUCCAGGGGCUCAAGGAGGAAUGCCGGCGGAGGAAGAAGAUGAUCAGCACCCAGCAGAUGAUGCUGGAGGCACGAGCCAACUACCACCAGUGUCCAUUUUGUGAUAAGGCUUUUAUGACGUAUUCCUUUUUACAAAGUCACAUUCAAAGGCGUCACCCAGGAGUGUCUGAGAUCGAACAGAAGAAGAAUGGAAAUAUACAAAAAUUGCAGGAUGAGAUUGAAAAACUGAAGGAGCAGUUGCAGCUUACCAAGUCCCAGUUAGAGUUUGAACAACAGGCUAAUUUGGCCAGGUUGUCUAAGGAAUGUGAGCAGCAAAAAUCAAAAGAAGAAGAGAUUCUACAAUCAUUUAAUAAGUGGAAAGAGGAAGAAAGAGAGAAAUUGGCUGAUCAAAUAGAAAAAGUGAAAGAUAUGUUUAUGAAAGAGCUUAAGGAGUUAUAUUCAAGAAAUUCAACCUUAGAAAAUCAACUGUUAGAAUUACAAAAGUUCAAUCUGGAACAAAAAUCCAAUUUAGGAACACUGAAAGACAGCCAUGAAUUUACAGAGGAGAAACCUCAGCGUCCUCAGGAACAUCCAGAUGUGGUUAGACUUCUGGAAAAGCAGGAAAAAAAGUGGAUGACUUUACUACAAGCUCUUCGUCAUGACCAUGAGACAGAAAAGUCCCUGCUACAGUCACAAAUUGAGACAAUCAAAACAUCAGCGAGAGAAGACCUGAACAGAAAUAACAUCUUUUACAGGAAGAGGAUAGAAGAUUUGGAGCAGAGGCUUCAGGAGCAGAAUGAUCUGGUUAUUUAUCAGAAGAAGAAGAUAAAAGAAUUGUCCACAAAACCACCUCCAAGUGUUAAAACAUAUGAUGUGAGCACUUCUGUAGAGCGUCUUCAAGAACCUAAACCAAGUCCAUCAGUUACCCCACACUUACCACACGAAACUGAGAAAAUUGAUCUAAAACCAGAUAGAAGUAACUACUAUUUGAUAAAUGCUCUGAAGUCUGAUCCUUCUUUAACUAAAGAAUUGAGAGUUGUUUUGGAGCAAGCUCUGGAGGAGAAGCUGGAAUCCUUGGGAAUUAAAGCAGGUGUUCGUGGAAUAUCAAAUGAUCGCUUAAAUAAAAUAUUGCGAGCUAUUGAAUGUGCCAGAGAACGCAAAGAGAAGCUGGAGCCCACCAUUCAUGGAAUUCGAGAGCGUCUUCAACGUCAGCUUGGCUUUCGGGUUGAAGAGAAAUCAUUAUCUUCUAGCAGACUUGAUUCCUGUGCUCAUCUUCCCUGUGAAGAAAAACACAGGUUCAAUCCAUUGGGAAUAUCCUCAUUUGCCACACCUCAAAAACCAUCAAAGUGGUCUCCAUCAACUGCCCGCCCACCUGGACAAAGAGCAAUCAUCCCUGAUUACAGUUCUACGCCAAAACCCAAGAAGAUUCUUGGAAGUGGAGUUUCCAGAAAGACACCUAGCAUCACAACACCACCAUUCAGUUCAGAGGAAGAAGCUGAUGAAGAUGAUAUUAAACAGUCUAAUAUAGCACCAGAGAAAUUGCAAAAGCGGUCAAAACCAUCAAGCAGCAUAGUCCAUGCUUUUCAGAAGCCUUCUGGCAAAAGUGAUGGGGAUGCAAAAUGGGAGGAAAAUGGAAGUGAAGAAACUGGAACACCUGCCAAAACUCCUAAAGGAACAGUUAUUCAAAAACUGGCCAAGCAAGUUGGAGAUACUCUUUCUAACCAUGGAAAUAAGAACAAACCAGCUGGAGGAAUUAAUGUUGCACAGGCAUUUAUUAAGAAAGAAGAAGUGAAAGAACCGAAGCUCACAGAAGCUGUUGAAGAUGAUUGGGCUAUUUCAUCAGUAGAGGAAGACAUUUUAUUGAUGAAAGAUGACAGAGGUCAGAAGGCGAUGACAGUUCAGAAAAAUGAGCCCAAUUCUGCAUCUGUGGUACAUGCAUGGGGCCUUCCCAAGAAAAGUGCACCAAAGGAGGAAGGCCUUCAUGAAGCUGAUAAUACAAGCACGUUAAAAAGCAGCCUAGUCACUGUGACAGACUGGAGUGAUUCUUCAGAUAUAUAAUUGUUCCAUUCCUG